CAGUAGUGCUCAAGGCGCCGUGGGGAGUAUACUGUGACGCUGCUCUCUCUCUCUUUUUCUUUCUUCUUGGUGAUAGGGGUUGUGUGUUCGCGAGACUAUUGGUCGUGAAGGGGGAGUAAUGGUUCCUCAAGGGGGGUGACUUACAUUUGAACUAUGAGGUUUGGUUUGGAAACUUAAACCAAAAUACCGUAAGAAAACAAGGGGAUAUUUACCUGAGAAAAGUUUACCUGUGGGCGAGCGGUAAUCCAGCACAUGCAGGAUGCCACCGCCACAGCCGCCUCCUGCUCACCUCCAGAUGCCGCUCGGAGAGACCAGCGACCCAGAGUUCUCCGACGACGAAAAUGCUCCCCUCAACCAAGACAUAUACGGCGGCAGCCGGCGUUCCAUGCAGGAGACGAAAGCUUGGGACGUGUUCCGAACGCUGCCGCCCUCCAACACCUCGCUCUCCGAAGACAGUCAGAAGUUCCUGGAGUUUACCAUCAAAUGCCUCAAGGUGUUCACGUAUCUCCUGACCUUCGGCGUGGUGUUGGCGUCCGGGGUCAUCACUAAGGGAAUCGUCCUGCUCAUGACAUCACAGCUGAGGAAAUCCAAGACGCUCAACUACUGCUCCAAGGGAAACCUACUUCUGUCCUCCGAGAAGGACUACCGAGCGACUCUGCCAGACGAGGAGAACGUGAUAUGGGCGUGGAUGCUGUUCUUCUGCUUCAUCGUGCCAGAACUCGGAUCAUGGUUCAGGUCUACCCGCAUGUGUGUGUUCAAGUCAUGGAAGAAGCCGCUGCUGGGUGACGUGUUCUGGGUCUUUGUGUUCGAGACGCUGCACACCAUCGGCACGGGCAUCCUCAUCUACCUGGUGCUGCCCGACCUCGACGUCAUCAAGGGCGCUAUGCUGACCAACUGUGUCGCCUUCAUGCCUGGCCUGUUCGGGCUGUUGUCACGCACGAGGAAGGAGUCCCAUGUGGCCCUCAAGGUGAUGAUGGACCUCCUGGCGCUGGCGUGUCAGCUCACUGGGUUUGUGGUUUGGCCUAUCGUUGAAUACGGCAAGAAUCCUGACAGCUGGCGCAUCUGGCUCAUCCCUCCGGCGAUAUUCCUCACCUCCUUCGGCUGGUGGGAGAACUACGUGGACAAGAACUCCAAAUUCUCCACCAUCAAGUACUUUGGGCGCAUCAAGGACAGGCUUUGGAAGACCCGCUACUUCUGCUACAUGUUUGUCUCGCUGUGGAAGGUGCUGGUGUUCUUCACGGUGAUGGUGCUGUCCAUGGGCACGCGGCUGGACAACUUCACGGCUGUCUUUGACCUCAGCACAGCAUUUGACACGCAUGCCAUCAACGUCACUGAGGUUCGCGAGCGUCUGCCUGGUCUCCUGGUGCCGGACUCCUCCACUGUGGCACCGCUGGAACUCACCCACAUCAUCAAGUCCCAAAAGGGCACCCCCAUCUACGUGUUCCUCAUCCAGGUCUUCACCGCCUGGCUCUGCUACAUCUUUGGCAAGUUUGCAUGUAAGAUCUGCAUCCAAGGCUUCAGUUUCGCCUUCCCCAUCAACCUGACCAUCCCAGUGUCCCUAUCACUGCUCAUCACCGCCUGUGGACUGCGGUUUGACCACGCCUGCUCCUUCGAGGUCAUCCCCUCCUACCUCUUCUGGGAGUGCAAGAACGGAGACAUCCUCAAUGACUUCCUGAACAAUGAUUAUGCAUGGGUGUGGCUGUUCUGGUUGUUGUCCCAAACGUGGAUAACGCUGCACAUCUGGACUCCAAAGUGUGAGCGCCUGGCCUCCACGGAGAAGCUGUUUGUCACGCCCAUGUACAACUCUCUCCUCAUCGACCAGUCGCUGGCACUCAACAGGCGGAGGGACGACGAGGGUGACGUGAAGACGGAGGACCUCAAUCUCAACCCUGACGACCCCGAGAAUGAGGUGUCACAGUACUACGAGACCAUCUCUAUCCACACCGACUCCUCCAACAACAACACCACCAAGAUCAAGUCCUCCGACCAGAUCACUCGCAUCUACGCCACGGCUACCAUGUGGCACGAGACAGAGGAGGAGAUGAUUGAGAUGUUGAAGUCUAUCCUGCGCAUGGAUGAGGACCAGUCUGCUCGCCGCGUGGCCCAGAAGUACCUCAAGAUUGUGGACCUCGAUUACUACGAGUUUGAGACUCACAUCUUCUUCGACGACGCCUUUGAAAUCUCUGACGAGAACGAGGAUGAGAACGUGGUGAACCAGUUUGUGAAGAUGCUGGUGAACAUGAUGGAUGACGCCGCCACCCACGUCCACCAGACCAACAUCCGCAUCCGGCCCCCAAAGAAGUUCCCGGCGCCGUACGGAGGUCGCCUGGUGUGGACGCUGCCAGGCAAGACUAAGAUCGUGGCCCAUCUCAAGGACAAGAGCAAGAUCAGGCACAAGAAACGCUGGUCCCAGGUGAUGUACAUGUACUACCUACUGGGCUUCAAACUCAUGGACCAGCCCAUCUCCGUGGACAGGAAGGAGGUGAUUGCAGAGAACACCUUCCUGUUGACCCUGGACGGAGACAUUGACUUCACCCCCAAUGCCGUGGCCCUGCUUAUCGAUCUCAUGAAGAAGAACACCAAUCUCGGCGCUGCGUGUGGACGUAUUCACCCCGUGGGCUCAGGCCUGAUGGUGUGGUACCAGAUGUUUGAGUACGCCAUUGGUCAUUGGCUGCAGAAAUCCACUGAGCACAUGAUUGGCUGUGUGUUGUGUAGCCCGGGCUGCUUCUCUCUCUUCCGUGGCAAGGCUCUCAUGGACGACAACGUGAUGAGGAGGUACACCACAAAGUCCAGCCAGGCGCGACACUACGUACAGUACGAUCAAGGCGAGGACAGAUGGCUGUGCACGCUGCUGCUCCAGAGAGGUUACCGUGUGGAGUACAGUGCUGCCUCAGAUGCUUACACCCACGCCCCCGAGGGAUUCUCCGAGUUCUACAACCAGCGCCGCCGAUGGGUGCCCUCCACCAUGGCCAACAUCAUGGAUCUGCUUCAGGACUACAAGAAGACCAUCAAAGUGAACGACAACAUCUCCCUGCCCUACAUCAGUUACCAGACUAUGUUGAUGGCUGGCACUAUCCUUGGCCCUGGCACCAUCUUCCUCAUGUUGGUGGGUGCCUUCGUGGCUGCCUUCAGGAUCGGUAACUGGCCGUCCUUCGAGUACAACAUCAUCCCAAUCCUGCUGUUCAUGAUUGCCUGCUUCACCCUCAAGUCCAGCAUACAGAUCACCAUUGCGUACAUCCUGACAGCCGUUUAUGCCCUGGUGAUGAUAAUCGUGCUGGUGGCCAUGUUCCUCAACUUUGCGGUGGACGGCUGGAACAGUCCAAGCGCCAUAUUCUUCUUAAGUUCAGCGGCGUCCUUUGUAAUAACGGGGUUGCUACAUCCGAAGGAGAUCAUAUGCCUGCCUUGUGGACUCAUUUACUACCUGCUGGUGCCCUCCAUGUACCUCCUCCUGCAACUGUAUUCCUGCUUCAACGUCAACAAUGUGUCCUGGGGCACGAGGGAAGUGUCGGCCAAGCAAAAGAAGAAGACAAGAGAGGAACUCGAGGCAGAGCGUAAAGCCAUGGAGGAAGCUAAGAAGGCGAAGAAGAGGGAGGGCUUCCUGGGCUUCCUUCACCGUGAGCAACAGAAUGAUGACGAAGGUUCCAUUGAGUUCUCCCUGGCCGGCCUCUUCAAGAUCAUGUGCUGCGUCCACCCCAAGCCCAGCGAUGAGCGUCAGCAGCUGGCCAGCAUCGCAAACUCCCUCGACAUCCUCAAGAAGCGAUUUGAGACCAUUGAAGCACACAUGGGCAUUGUUCCGUCAUCUUCGCGGCGUCACUCCACCAUGCACCAGCCGCGCGUCUCCCUCCGCGGCGACAACGUGUCCACCAUCAACGAAGGAACCAUGGACGACUACAGCGACAGCGACAGUGAGAAGUCAGGUCCCAAGGAGGAGCGUGACGACCUAGUUAACCCUUACUGGAUCGAGGACAAGGCUCUCAAGCGUGGGGAGGUGGACUACAUGCCGGGAGCUGAAGUGCAGUUCUUCAAGGACCUCAUCGAGAAGUACCUCCACCCACUUAUCAAGAACCCUCAGGAGCAGAGAAAAAUGGAAGAAGAGUUAAAGGAACUUCGGAAUAUAGCAGUCUUCUCCUUCACUAUGAUGAAUGCUAUCUUUGUCCUUAUUGUCUUCCUGCUCCAACUCAACAAAGACGUUAUCCACAUCGAUUGGCCUCUGGGGGUGAAAACCAACAUCACCUUCGUCGAGGCGACCAGCGAGGUCCUCAUCAGCCAGGAGCACCUGCAGCUGGAGCCCAUCGGUCUGGUGUUUGUGUUCUUCUUUGCCCUCAUCCUGAUCAUCCAGUUCGUGGCCAUGUUGUUCCAUCGCUUCGGCACCAUCUCCCACAUCCUGGCCUCCACGGAGCUCACCUGCUGCAACAAGAAGGCCGAGGACACCACCGAGGACGCCUUCAUCCAGAGAAAUGCCGUGGACAUUGUGCGGCAGCUGCAGAGACUCAAGGGCAUUGAUGGCGACUACGACAGCGACAGCGUGCAGGGCGGCCAGCUGGGGCGGCGCAAGACCAUUCACAACCUGGAGCGACACAGGCAAAAGAAACAGGCCAUUGGCACCCUGGACGUGGCCUUCAAGAAGAGGUUCUUCAGCAUCUCUGCCGAGGCUGCUGAGAAUGGCUUGGAAACAGAGACCCCCGUGCUCGGCAACAUGCGUCGUCUGAGCAUGCGAAGAGAGACUAUGAAGGCCCUGGCUGAGAGGCGCGAGACUGUGGUGAAGGAGAGGCGGAUGUCCAGGAUGCAGACCAUGGGCGCUAAGAAGCCUCGCAACCGGACCUCCAUAGCCUCUGACGCUGACCACCAGCGGGUGUUCACGCCCAACGGCGGCAGCGUCAAUGAUGCCUACGAGUCUGACAUGGACAACUAUGGUGCCCCAGCCUCGGUGAGGAGUGCCAUGCGCUACAGAACCGCCGAGGAAAACGUUAUAUACAAGCCAUAGGAGGAAACUGUUCAUAGUCUCAAGUCAAGUUUUAUUUUAUAAAUCAUAUUAGGAUUAUUGCGAUGUACUCAACUGUUAAAAUGAAACAGUAAAUUUAACUGGUGGUUUAAUUUUUAGGUAUCUUUUGUCAAAAGAUAAAGGGUGUUCUGUGCAAUUGUGUGGUCUUCCAAAAAUGCUUUUAUUUGAAAUUUUUAAUGAGAAGUGUAUCUGUUACGUAGAGGGCUCUCCUUUAGACGCUGUGGCCUUGGAGACACACACUAGAGAGAUGAAGAGGGGGGUAAAUGGUCAGUUCAGUGAUGGCUUGAUUAGUCAGCCAGAAGAAUCUUCCAUUUUGUGUCCUGCCCAUGUUCACAGCCCAAGGCAGCUUGUCUUGAUCCACAGUAGUGAUUUCUCACCUCAUUGCUUUUACUGAUUACGUGUCUGUCUGUGUGCGAUACCGUGUCCUUGAUGACUAACCAGGAGGAGUACUGUGCUGAGUGGAGACCCGCUGAAACCAAUUAAUGGACUGGACGAGCACUGGAAGGCGAGGGAGUGAGUGUGCCGGGAGGGAUUGAGUGCCAGACAGGGAGAACUUGAGACACUUAUGCUGUGGCUGCCCCUUGAGGGAGGCUCCUCUGGGGGCACAGGGCAUCACAGAUAAAGAUAGAUGGACUGUGAGUGGUGGUCAUGUGAUUCUUUGCUCUGUUCAGGGCAUUUAUAACCUGUCUUUUUCAUGAGAUUCUCUGUGCCUUUGACCACUUCACUCUGCCAAGUCAGCAAGACAGAAUAUAUAAUACAACAGAUCCAUUUCAUGCAACAUUACAUUACAUGACAACACAUACUAAUAGCUGCCAAGAUUGGGGUCAUCUCUUAGACAAACUCGUGCUUCGUCUUGUGGUUUGUGUUACGUUACGUUUCUGAAGCUUGUGAUUCUUCCUCCUCCUCCUUCUCCUCCCUAAUAGACAUGCCUGCUCUCUUGGUUAUGAUCUUGUGCUAUAUUGUAAAAUAAUGUAUAAAUAAUAAAUAUCUACAUUUGUUUA